AUGCACCUGCACCGGAUCUAUGCCCUAGCUGGCCUCCUUUCUCUCUCUGAUUUGGGCUUGGCAACAAAACGGAGAAGGCCCCCUCUCAGCCCAAAUCACCAAACACCAAUUAUUCGGUGCGACGUUCGGCUGAUCGAAACCGACCAUCUGGGCUAUGAAUCUGUUAUUGAAGAGAAACAAGUUGCCCCUUCCGGGACGCAGACUUUUCAAUAUGGCAAAGAUAAUAUCUACAUCCUAGUGGACAAAAAGUGCGGAGUUCUGGAAGCAAGGGGUCUUCGCAAAGACCACACUCAUUUGGAAAUCGAUAUUUCCUCUCCAGCCGCGGACAGCAAGUCUAAAAAGGUGAAAAAGAAAUUGGUAGUCGGUUGA